CCCAAGAUGUAAAUCUUACAAACAUGGCGACGCUCCGGAGAGAGUACGGAGCAUUGCAAUGAGACUGCUUUCAGCGGAAAGAAUUGCCUCAACUUGGCUUGUUACAAUGUGGUGGAGUUAGCCAGAGCCACCGCGUGCACAGCCAUUAGAUCAUGUUAGCUGAGGCCAGUCUGUCCAUCUGGGGAUGGGGGGGUCUUGGAGUUGUGCUGUUUUUUGUCACCUUUGGACCUUUCGCCAUAUUUUACCUGGCAUUUUAUAUCUUCUGCUUCAUUGGAGGGGGAUUUGCGGUUACAUUGCUUUACGGGAAGAUAAACUCAGAGAAACACUUGGAAAAGUGCGAACAUUCAUACCUGCCACCUACACAACCCGGUAUUCUGAAGACACUUGAUGAGAUGAAGCUGGAGCUGAAGCCUAUAAAGAUUGACAGGAGACUGACUGGCUCCAGUUUCAUUGAUGAGCCACUACAGCAGGUGAUCCAGUUUGCACUGAGAGACUAUAUUCAGUACUGGUACUACACUCUGAGUGAAGAUGAGUCGUUCCUGUUGGAGAUCAGACAAACACUGCAGAAUGCCCUCAUCCAGUUCUCCACACGCUCAAAAGAAGUGGACUGGCAGCCUUACUUCACUACACGCCUGGUGGACGACUUUGCCACACAUCUACGUGUCUUCAGAAAAGCGCAGGAUCGCCUGGCUGAGCGGGAGGACAAGCAAAGGGACACCACAGAAGAGCUGGUCGACUCCUUCUUCGAGGCAGAGGUGGAGAUGGAGAGGAAGGUUUGUCGAGACAUGGUGUGCACCUCACACAAAGAUGAAGAAGGUUUUCUUCGGGACUUGUGCGAGUUGCUUCUCUAUCUUUUACUACCUCCUGGAGACUUCCACAACAAAAACAUGAGAUAUUUUUUGAGGGAAGUUCUAGCGUGCGGUGUGCUGCUGCCUCUGAUCAACCAGCUGAGCGACCCAGAUUACAUCAACCAGUUUGUCAUCUGGAUGAUUCGGGACUCCAGCUGUAACUAUGAAGCCUUCAUGAACAUUCUGAAGUUAACAGACAAGCCUACUGAGUUGGAGGCAGUUAAAGACAAGGUUCUGGAGGAGCUGCAGUACUUGCGCUCUCUGGACACUGCUGGAGAUGACAUCAAUGUGAUCAAGAACCAGAUUAACAGUCUUCUGUUUGUGAAGAAGGUGUGUGAGACCAGGAUCCAGAGACUCCAGUCUGGGAAGGAGGUCGACGCCUUGAAACUGGCGGCCAACUUUGGGAAGCUGUGUGUGAUCCCUCUGGAACACAUCCUCGUCCAUAACAUUGCACUGCAGUUCUUUAUGGACUUUAUGCAGGCGGCGGGUGCUCAGGCGGAGCUGUUCUUCUGGCUCACUGUUGAGGGCUACAGGGUGACGGCCCAGCAGCAGCUGGAGGCCAUGCUGAGCUGCCAGAAAGACGGCAAGAAGCAGCCCAGCGCCACAAAGGGGCUGCUGAAAGCUGCUGCUCUAGGUGUUUAUGAACAAUACCUCUCUGAAAAGGCAUCUCCCAGGGUCCAAGUUGACAAAACAUUAAUAACAAAACUGGGGGAGAAGCUCCAAAACGAUGACCCCACACCUGAAAUCUUUGAUGAAAUCCAGAGAAAGGUGUACGACAUGAUGCUACGUGAUGAGCGCUUUUACCCAGCGUUCAAGCAGAGCCCUCUGUACGUACGCAUGCUGGCAGAGCUGGACAUGCUCAAGGAGCCGAGCUACAGAGGAUCUGAUGACGGCGAGGGAGAAUCCUUUAACGGCUCACCCACUGGAAGCUUAAACCUGUGUCUAGACGACUAUUCAAACUCCUGCCAUGAAGACUUUUUGCAGCUACAGGCCUUCAUCUCUGACACGGCUGAUACUUGUUUUCCCGGAUUGUGGGGUGCUGCAGGGGUUUGCAACGAUCACGGUAAGACCUACGCGCUGUACACCAUCACUGUGUUCAGACGCAACUCAGACGGCAAUGAGGACUGCUGGAUCACGUACCGCCGCUACUCCGAUUUCCAUGACUUCCAUAUGAGAAUCAUAGUACAGUUUGAGAACUUGGCGUCGAUCCUCAAACUUCCAGGAAAGAAAACCUUCAACAACAUGGACAGGGACUUUUUGGAGAAGAGAAAAAAAGACCUGAAUGCUUAUCUUCAGUUGCUGCUAAACCCAGAGAUGGUCAAAGCCUGCCCAACACUGAUUCCUUAUGUCUACGACUUCCUGGAGAACAAAGCGUACAGUAAAGGCAAAGGAGAAUUUGCACGCAAGAUAGACACCUUUGUAAAUCCCCUGCGGAGCUCCAUAAGGAAUGUCUCCAGCGCAGUGAAAUCUCUGCCCGAUAGUCUGGCUGAGGGAAUGACCAAAGUUUCUGACAACAUGGGUCGCAUGUCUGAAAGAAUCGGUCAAGACUUUAAACAGUCAGUAUUGAAGGUGCCUCCACUCCUACCCAAGUCGGACAUUGACCCAGAACACUGUCGGGUCUCUGCUCAGCUUGACGAUAACGUGGAUGACAACAUCCCACUACGGGUGAUGCUGCUGCUGAUGGAUGAGGUGUUUGACCUCAAAGAGAAGAACCAGUGGCUGCGCAGGAACAUCAAGAACCUUCUGCAGCAGCUGAUUAGAGCCACUUAUGGAGACACUAUCAACAGGAAAAUUGUAGAUCAUGUAGACUACUUGACGUCACCAGAACAGGUGGCAGAAUAUGUGAAGAAGUUCAGGGACUCCUACUGGCCCAAUGGCAUUCUGGCUGAGAGCCCGCCCCGUCGGGACAAGAGCAUCCGCAUGAGGACGCGAGUGGCAGCAAAGACCAGCUUGUUGGGUAUCAUGCCAGAUGAACUGAAACACAUCAUUGGAGCAGAGACCACCAGAAAGGGGAUCCUCCGCGUCUUCGACAUGUUCCAGUACCAACCCAUGAACCGGCGGUUGGUGUACGUGUUCCUGGAGGGCUUCCUGGAGACCAUGUUUCCGCAGUACAAAUUCCCCGAGCUCUUUGUGAAGCUGCACUCCCGUUCUCCGCGCAUCCACAGAUACAACCAGAAACUCAAAUGCUCUUCUGCGAAGAGGUGACAGGAAGAGAAGCAAUGCAACAGGGAAAGGGGUCAUCCCGGCGCCGGGGGUCAGGCUGGGAGGGUUGACGUGAACAGGGAGGUGCGUGCGUGCGACCUCCGCCCGUCCUCUUUCCUUGCACAUUCCUGUCGGCAAAAACACUCCACUCGUCCAGCUGAUAUUUUCUUUGGAGUCGAAGGACGAGCACCUCUGCCUCGCUGUCUGUCACCCUGUGAAGAACACAAAUCCUAUCAUUUGCACCAAGACUGAACAUGGCAGUCUUCAGUUUUUAUAGAUUCUUUGCGUUUGUUUGUUUUAAGUGGAGCUUUAUCCCGGGUGAGGCGCUGCUGCUUUUUCGUGGUCCAAAGAGCAGAACACAAAUGUUUUGGAUUUAUUUUUAGGGCUAGAUUGCGUAGAUCCACACCUUGCCUUAUCUUCCCAAGUUAAUUCUCCCUCCCACUCAGCUGUAAUCAAACUUGGCCUCUUUCUGUAGAAGCUCUCUACUCAUGUUUUUUUUUUUAGGACAACCAAAAAUCGCACUCACAUCCUAAAACUUGUCUAAAGAAAUGUUCGUCAAAGUGUUUUAUUUUCCUUUUUUGUCUGAUUUUUCUUCUCCAUCCUAAUAGCUUCUCCUGUUGGUUCCUCUGAGUGAACCCAUAGAAACGGGCACAUCCCCUUUAAGCUACUGUCGUAACCCGUGACGACCAAAGCUCAUCCUGCUCUGUUCUGACUCUUAGACACUGUGUUUGAAGGAGACUUUUAACCUGCGAGAAGGUGAAGCUUUAAAGGGAUAUUUCACUUUUUGACUCAUCAGAAUAAUGGUUUAGGCUAAAAGCUGCCGGUUCCUUUUAUGGUGUUUAACACAGUUCAAUCCUAAAAAAGAAAAAAAAAAACUUAUUUUUUAACCAAUUAGGCUAAAGUAUUUUUUCACAUCACUGUUGGAUUGAAUAUCAUUUUUUACCUAAACGUUUAAGGGAUAAAAAUGGUCGAGCAUCCGUGAUCUCAUGAUUAACAGUUAAAGUCUUGAGGUUAGAGCUGUAUGAAAUGGUGAAUAAUUGACUUUUCCUUUGAGCUGCUUGACUUCUUUCAGCAGCAGGGAAACAAUGACCAAGUGGUUCCAUGAACCCAGUCAUUCCCAAUCAGUAGAAAUAUCCCUGAAAGGACAACCUGAGGUGCGUCUCUGUGGGAGGCCCGCUCUUGAAUGUACUGCGUUUGUGUAGAAAGGGGUGUGUGUGUGUGUGUGUUUGCUUGUUUAGCAUGAAGAGGCUUCAGUCAGACAGAAACUGUGUAGCAGCCUUAAACCUAGAACCAGUUUCUACUGACCUGCACACCAGGGGGAGCUCUCCUUCACACCACUGAACUUUUAAGGAAACAUACAUCCAGUAGAUGGAUCCCUCAUCAACUUUACUUUAAGAUUUGUGUUUGUUUGUUUUUUUUUGGUGCAAUAUAAAUUCUUUGUUCCUUUAAUGCAUGUGCAGUUUGAUCCAUCAUGUAGUGAAAAUGAUAUUUUUAUUGGAGAAACCAUGAAAGGAGUCUCUGAAAGUUCCUUCUUUCCCCAUGAACUUGACAUUCCGCUGUCAUAGAUUUUUUUUUUACCGACUUGUUUUAUAAGUCUGUGGUUUCCUUUUUGGAGUGCAGGGUUUCUGUUUUUCACUGCCCGCUCUGGUGGAAUAUGCUCGGGUGUUGCUGAAGCAGUGCUUGAGGACGUUCCAUGUCACGGCGGAUUCAUUAGUCUCACUGGGCUACGGGAAUUGAGAACCUGUCUCCCUGGUGGCAAUUUGGGAGCGCCAUGCGGAGUGCGAGGAAACCCCCGACUCCCUUCACGCGUUUACACAAAGUUCUUUCUAAAAUGGGCUCAGCGGCUCCACAGGGACUCGGAUCGGUGGAAUCGAUGCCGAUUAGCACUUACUGUAGCAAAGGUGGGAGUCCCACUUCCGCCGGUUUCAGACGCAUCUCCCUGGACUGCGGCAUUGCUCCCGCCGCGCUGGUGGACUCUGAUCGACUUAAAGGAUCGCCAAUCCCAUGAUGUCACCUUAAAACUUCUGCACACCUCUCCAUACAGGAAGGCUCGUCUUUUUUUUAACCCCAGUAUAUGAAUAUGUAAUAAUGAAAAUGUGUGCAUAUCUGUGUACAGUAUGUGUUAAUAGUGUGCCUAAUUGUACUUCAACUCUAUUUUCAUAUUUUUCUUUAAUCUAAAAAAAAAAAGAAAUGAAUCAGAAUGUUAUGAUCAUUUUCCUCAACUGGAAAUGACCAGGGUUUUAUUAUUUUGGCAUAAAGCUCAUGUUUUUGUUUUUUUGUGAGCACCUGAGCUCAGAUCAAUAUAACACUAAUAAAAAAGCUACUUGGACAAGAAA